GUUCAUACUAACGUUUUGAUCAUUGUUUAUUCAUAGUUUACUAAAGUAGAUAGAGCCGCCUGCAGAAUAGAUAGUGUAUUUGAGUUUCGUAAUGAAUAGCGAGCGCCACUCACAUAGAGCAUGGCCCUUGAAGCCCUCCAAGACUUGUUCCCAAAAGGACCCGAUUCCCAAAGUUUUCCCAAGACGAUCUAUUUCGAAGUCCAUACCGAAGUCUGGAAGGAUGUUGCUCGUGCUUGGACGGCCGAGAACGCUUGGCGCGAGUCGAGGAGCCAGGCCAUGCGUUGAAGCAGGCAGCACAGGCAGCACAGGCGGCAUGCAGCAGCUGUCCCUGGCAAACUGUCCAAUGGCAGUUUGCAGAUCCAUCGGGCAGUGCCUUAACGGCUUAGGUUUGAUUGCGUCCUUUCCGUCCAAGGAGUUGGCAACUUCCCGGCCGAUGCUUGCUCCAGUUUGGCGACUUUCUAAACAGGGCAGAUGCUUUUGUUCGGAGCUUUACUUUCCAACAAAAGCUCAGUUGCUUUUCUGGCUUUGGGCGCAGCCUGGCAAAGCCCACCCUUCGCACGAUAAUUAAGCGCAAUUCGGAAGAAUGUCUUUGAACAUCUCUUAAGUGUGCCAGGCAACGACGAACUGACAGAUUUGCGCUUCUCACUAGUGAUACUCAAACAGAGCUUUGCGUUGAAACUGUUAAAUUCGGCAAGACACAUUAACUCACUGGUUAAUUGCCCAGCGUCAAACGUGCUUGUACCUGCACACAUGGCUUGAGCAUCUCACACUUCAGUGUACAUCCGGUACCUGUCAGCAGGGCUCUUUCCGCGGGCGUUUGCGCAGGUGAAGCAAGACCUUCGGGAGCUACCGGUUGUUCAGGUGUCCACUUUGAGUUGCGUGAAGAGAUGCCCUUGUGAGUGCAAUUCGUUUGGAUUUGUUUUGAGAUUUGAUUUCUUUGGUGUUCCCUUUUCACACGCCCAAAACCAGCACAGCUCUCAGUUUGGCUCGAAAUGGUUGUUCUAAUACGCCCUCAGUACGGCGCUUUCAGUCAUGGAAAAAGCGGAAGGGUCUCAAGGGUCUCAAGACCGAAGAGCUGAGCGGGAGCAGCGUGAAAUCAUCCUUUGCAGAGUGAAGGUGAGCACCGAGCUCGCUCGACGGCGAGAGUUGCUUUCCUACUUGGCGGAGGUUGGCCAGCUGCAGAUCCCCUCCAUGACGCAGUGCCAUUUCAGGGUCAAUCAAGAGCAUGUCGAAAUGUACUGCCACUGCCACAACCACCACGACAUUCGGCUCUCAGAGGGCGAGCUGCAAUGCCUGAGGGAGGCAAUCACCGAGACAGCGUGGCUAUUUUCCCGCGGAGAACGCCCAGACCUGCCUGAUGAAGAUUGCCAUGCGGUCAACGUCUUCAUCGAUAACAGUACUGCAUGGCAAGCGGGAAGCACAGAAGCUGAAAGCAGGCCAGGCCUUGGGCAAGAGCUGCAAGAGGAGACCGAGCUCAGUGCCAACAUUCUUGUCAACUCCAAUAUGGCAGGAUUGACUUUGACCGGUGAUUGUGACCAGAGAGACGGUAUACUGAAACUGUCCAGUAUUGUGGCUGGUGCCAGAAAGGUGAACCUGCGCAUAGUUGGCAACUUGAGAACUGACGAGUCCCUUUGGGAGAUCUGGAAUUCGUGUGGUUUCUGGGUAGAGUGGAGCUCAGUGGCUCAAUGUGUCCUGCAGCACCUUAAAAACCUUGAGAGGUGGCGGGCGGAUCCAAACAGAGAGGUCUUUGCAUUUUGUAUAGAUGAUGAUCAGCUUGUUGACACUGUGGAGAACGUUGCCAGACGAGGCUGGAAUGUGGAGAUUUGGUGUUGGAGAGCUUCAUGUCCCAUGUUGGUAGAAGCUACCCGCAAUGUUUCACACCUGACCAGUCGCGUGAAAAUUUGUUGCUUAGAUGACUUCAAUUCCUGGCUCGGUAGCAGCGGAUCGCCGCUUGCAGAAAUUCCCAGGGCAGAGCUACACGAGGAACCUUAUGGGUUUUUGAAUGAACGUCAGCCAGAUCUGUGUGCAAUUUGUCUUUCUGAAGAAGCGAUUUUUUCUUUGAAGCCUUGCAAUCACCGUGUAUUGUGCAGAGCUUGCUUGGGACCCUGGAUGGAACAGCGGCCAGAGCCGGCAUGCCCUUUGUGCCGGAGGCCAUUCUGUCACAUCAGCUAAGCAC